GAAUCAUUCGAAGUAACUGUACGAGAACUCUUCAACAACCAAAAGGUUCACUUUUAUGCCACAGUCACUCACGAACUUCCCUGUGAGUUCUUUUUCUUGGGCACGACUUCAUUCUACCCCUUUCAUUUCCUUUGCUUUGUUCAUAAGUGUGAGCUUUGUGAGUAGCCUCUAAAGAUCACUAUCAUCAACAGUCAUCCAAUGUACUUUCACAUCAAUUAUCGGCGUUAAUCACGAGUUAAUGCGUGUGUGUAUACUCAUUUGUUUGAGGGACACUACUGUGUUUAGAAUUACAAUUUGUGUCUCAGGAAACAACAUUGUUUCGUGUCUGUUUGCACAAUUUGAACUAAACGCUGGGAAUGCAAAGUUUAGACCGAUGCUAAUACCAUUAUUUCAUAAGUCACUAAAAUCCUGAAUCCACCACAAAAUGAACGAUCGACCAAGGGAGGGAGGCCAAAUUGCAAAGUCGAUGACAAUGAGUGGAAAUACUCUCCAAAAUACUACGAGCGUCCCGCCUGCUGUCAAUCAACCUAAGCUUCAUUAUGCUACUUCCAGUUCUCGUAACAUGAAGUCUGUUGAUCUUUCCUCAGAUUCCGAUGACGAACCUGAAGAAGAUAAUGAAGUAGACAAUAGAUCUGCCAGAUUCGACACGACUGAGGAGGUGAUCACGGUUUCGAAUUCCCCUUAUCCGAAACGAAAUAUUGCUUCGGUCAACUAUGACGAAGGAAUUUGGCACAACAAAACACCCGAAAAUUUCCCAAAGCGACCUAAACCAACGUCCACGAAGUCAGUCUCAAAACUGCGUGGGAUUAUUGUUGGAACUUGGAAAGGCUCAGAGAAAUCCCCCGACCACAACAAACAAUGUGACGUAUAUGGCUUCAUCGAUGAGAUGAAAAGACUUCAGUUUAGGAAAUACGGAUCUUAUGGUAACCGGGUCAAACUCGACGAUAUCACCUUAAAUCCUUAUCUAAGUACAAAAAAACAUGAUGAAGUCAAACAAUAUGUUAUUUUCAAUUCAGAGAACCAAGAACAACCAGAUGGGGUUUCGCGAGAAUCUCAAGGCAAUGGCAUCGAAGCUUCUGCUAAAGUCAGUGAAAAUCAAUCAUCAUCUAAACCCGAAAUUCUCCUUGGCUUUUGGGCGGACUCAGACCAAAAGAAUGACAAAGACAAACACGCAGUAUUCGGCACUAUUGUCCUCAACAGCAAUCACAGAUUCAGAUUCAUGAUUCGAAAAUCUACUCGUGAUGGACGUGUUGUGUUAGGUAAUUUUCCACAAGGACCUGGAAACUAUCAGGUCCAAUACGAAAAGAUUGUGCUCGAGGAGCAUUUGUCUGGACUGAAGCGCUCGGAGGUUGAACAGUAUAUUCUCAUUCGACAGAAAGAGAUCCUGGAAGGUGGCAAUUGUGAUUCACGCAGUCAGCAACUCAACACAGUGAGAUUAGCCAAGGCUGCUGUAGCUUCAGAACACCCGCAAGGUGCAAAUCUCUCCGGCCAAUCCAUUUCCGAUCCCGAUCCCGAGCCGGAAAAAUAUCAAAGACAAAGAGAGAUAUCGGGAGGAAAGAUCGCAGAGAGACAGCAACCACCGCAUAUACACGGAGCAAAUGAAGAUUCUACCGACAACACUCUAGCAGAUCAAUCUGCCCCUCAUAGAAAGUCAUCGGCUGAGCAACAACUUGCAAAGUCGAUGAACAAAUUGAACAAGACAUGGGAAGCACAACAGGCAGCGAAGCCUCAACAGCCUGCCACCUCUACACAUCUAGAAGGCACUGCAAAUGGCAGCUCUUCUACCAAAGAUAACGUUAAAAUACACGAUGGAAUAACAUACACGAGAAGGCAGAAUGGUAUGUUGAAGGGGAUUCAUCUUGGGGCCCCUCGGAUUUUGAACAUAGAUGGAGAAGAUUAUGUCGAGUAUCGAGUGCUGACAAAGCCGAGUCCUUUCUAAAACAAGAUUAGUAACAAAAAAAUACUCUUCUAUACAUGAUCUGGGGCUGAAGGAUCUUGAAGCUGUCAAUGUUUUCAUCUACAUAUUCUGGAUUACUGUUUUCCUUGAAGUCAUCAUUUUUUGAGUAAAUUCUCUUUUCGUAUACGAUCUUUUGAUCCUAAAGACCUACAAAAAGUAUUUCUUUCUCGUCCUAGAACGUUUCUAGUUUCGUUCUUUUUUGAGUACAAUAAGGUCUUUCUUUGUUGUUCCUCUUUGUUGAAAAAUUAGUAUAGAAGUAUUGGUGUGGGAAUUAGAAUGAUUUCAAUAAAUCUUAUUAGUUUGAUUGAUCA